AAACUUGGGCUGGUUCCCCUGUGCAGUUUGCUUGGCAGAAAACCUUGGGAAAUUUCCUUGCUGUAACAGGUAACUGUGUUGCAAUGGACUGGGAUAAGGAUGGAGAUACUUUAGCAAUAAUCACAGACAAAUCUAGUACCAUUUAUCUGUGGGAUGCCAACACAAAUAAAACAAGCCAGCUAGACAGUGGCAUGAGGGAUACAAUGUCUGUCUUGUUAUGGUCUCGAGUUGGAACUUUGCUUGCUGUUGGAACGACUAAGGGAAACUUGCUUAUAUAUAACCGCCAAACUUCCCGCAAGAUUCCUGUUCUUGGUAAGCACAGUAAGCGGAUUACUUGCGGUUGCUGGAGUACUGAGAACCUUUUGGCUCUAGGAGGUGAAGACAAAAUCAUUACUAUAAGCAAUCAGGAAGGGGAUACUAUAAGACAGACCUCAGUGAGCUCAGAUCCCAGUGAUAUGCAGUUCUCUGUUAUGAAGACUGAUGAAAGAAUUUCAACCAGGGAAAGCACAGUAAGUGUUGUGGUCGGCAAGAAGACUCUCUUUCUUUUUAAUUUGAAUGAUCCUGAUAACCCAAUUGAUCUGAAAUUUCAGCAGCCAUAUGGCAAUAUUGUAACAUACAGAUGGUAUGGUGAUGGCUACAUUAUGAUUGGCUUCUCACGAGGGUGUUUUGUGGUUAUUUCUACGCAUAUUCGUGAAAUAGGUCAAGAAAUCUUUCAAGCUCACAAUCACAAGGAUAAUCUAAGCUGCAUUGCUAUAUCACAGUCACUGAACAAAGCUGCAUCGUGUGGAGAUAAUUGCAUUAAAAUCCAUGAUCUGUCAGACCUGAGAGAAAUGUAUGCUAUAAUAAACUUGGAUGAUGAAAAUAAAGGUGUAGAUCAGAUGGCUUGGACGGACGACGGGCAGUUGUUGGCAGUAUCUACACGAAAAGGAUCUCUCCACGUUUUCCUGACAAAGCUUCCAGUCCUCGGCGAUGCUUGCGGUACUCGGAUUGCGUACCUCACUUCUCUCCUUGAAGUUACUGUCGCUAAUCAUGUGGAAAGAGAGCUACCACUCACUGUGUCUGUUGAAGUAGAGCCCAGUUUUGUUGCUAUUGGUGUUUAUCAUUUGGCUGUAGGAAUGAACAAUCGUGCUUGGUUUUAUGCACUUGGAGAGAAUAAUGUAAAAAAGCUCAAAGAUGUGGAGUACCUGGGGACAGUAGCAAGUAUGCAUCUUAAUUCUGAUUAUGCUGCUGCUCUCUUUGAGGGUAAAGUCCAGUUGCAUAUGAUAGAAAUAGCAAGUUUGGAUGCUCAGGAGGAAAGAGAGACUCGUCUUUUCCCAGCAGAUGAUGAUAAAUGUCGAAUUUUGUGCCAUGCUUUAACUGGUGAUUUCCUAAUAUAUGGUACAGAUACUGGAGUUAUUCAUUAUUUCUACAUUGAAGACUGGCAGUACGUGAAUGAGUAUCGGCAUUCUGUCAGCGUGAGAAAAAUUUUUCCAGAUCCUAAUGGAACCAAAUUGGUUUUCAUAGAUGACAAAAGUGAUGGCUUCGUCUACUGUCCAGUUAAUGAUAGAUUAUAUGAAAUACCGAAUUUCUCACCAACUAUUAAAGGAAUCCUAUGGGAAAACUGGCCAAUGGAUAAGGGUGUUUUUGCUGCAUAUGAUGAUGACAAAGUGUACACUUACGUCUUUCAUAAGGAUGCCAUUCAAGGAUCCAGGGUUAUUUUGGCAGGCGGCACAGAAGUCCCAUUUUCCCAUAAACCUUUGCUCUUGUAUAAUGGAGAAUUAACGUGUCAGACUCAAAGUGGGAAAACAAACAAUAUCUAUCUCAGUACCCACAGUUUCCUUGGCAAUCUGAAAGACUUCGGACCUAAUGAGCUGACACAAAUGCUCACUCAGACUUUAAUGUUGAAAAGAUUUUCUGAGGCCUGGGAAGUGUGCAAACUUCUGAAUGACCAGUCUGCCUGGAAUGAGCUGGCCAGAGCUUGCUUACAUCACAUGGAGGUGGAUUUUGCAAUACGUGUUUAUAGAACGUCUGGUAAUGCUGGGAUGGUGAUGUCACUAGAGCAAAUAAAGGGAAUAGAAGAUCACAACCUUUUAGCAGGACAUCUUGCCAUGUUUACUAGUGAUUUCAAUCUGGCUCAGGAUUUAUAUCUGGCAUCCACUUGUCCUGUUGCAGCACUUGAGAUGCGAAGAGACUUGCAGCACUGGGAUAGUGCUCUUCAGCUGGCUAAGCGUUUGGCCCCAGAGCAAAUCCCAUUCAUAUCGAAGGAAUACGCAGCGCAGCUUGAAUUCACAGGUGAUUAUGUGAAUGCUCUGGCACAUUAUGAGAAGGGAAUCACUGGGGACAAUAAGUACCAGGAACAUGAUGAAGCUUGCCUUGCUGGAGUAGCCCAAAUGUCCAUUCGAAUGGGAGAUAUCCGUCGAGGGGUAAACCAGGCCAUUAAACAUCCUAGCAGGUUACUAAAGAGAGACUGUGGAGCUAUUCUGGAGAGUAUGAAGCAAUUUUCAGAAGCUGCUCAGCUGUAUGAAAAGGGACAAUAUUAUGACAAGGCAGCAUCAGUAUACAUCCGGUGUAAAAACUGGGCAAAGGUUGGUGAACUUCUUCCUCAUGUUUCAUCUCCAAAGAUUCACCUGCAAUAUGCGAAGGCCAAAGAGGCAGAUGGCAGGUACAAGGAAGCUGUGAUCGCUUAUGAGAAUGCCAAGCAAUGGGACAGUGUAAUCCGGCUGUAUUUGGAUCACCUUAACAAUCCUGAAAAGGCUGUUAAUGUUGUGAGGGAAACACAGUCUCUUGAUGGAGCCAAGAUGGUGGCCAGAUUCUUUCUGCAGCUUGGUGACUAUGGUUCUGCCAUUCAGUUCCUUGUCAUGUCCAAGUGCAAUAACGAAGCUUUCACAUUAGCUCAGCAGCACAACAAGAUGGAGAUUUAUGCUGAUAUCAUCAGUUCUGAGAAUACUACUAAUGAAGAUUAUCAGAGCAUUGCUUUAUAUUUUGAAGGAGAAAAGAAACAUUUUCAGGCAGGAAAAUUUUUCUUGCUGUGUGGCCAAUAUGCACGGGCAUUAAAGCACUUUCUGAAAAGUCCGAGCACAGAAGAUAACCUGGCUAUAGAAAUGGCAAUUGAAACAGUGGGACAGGCAAAAGAUGAAGCCCUAACAAAUCAGCUGAUAGAUUUUCUUAUGGGAGAGACCGAUGGCAUGCCCAAGGAUGCCAAGUAUCUCUUCCGCUUAUACAUGGCACUAAAGCAAUACAGAGAAGCUGCCAGAACUGCUAUAAUAAUUGCCAGGGAGGAACAGUGUUCAGGAAAUUACCGCAAUGCGCAUGAUGUUCUUUUCAGUAUGUAUUCAGAAUUGAAGACCCAGAAGAUUAAAAUUCCUUCUGAGAUGGCUACAAACCUUAUGAUUCUACACAGCUAUAUUUUGGUGAAGGCUCACGUGAAACGGGGCGAUCACAUGAAGGGAGCGCGGAUGCUUAUACGCGUAGCCAACAACAUCAGCAAGUUCCCAUCCCAUAUUGUCCCAAUCUUGACUUCAGCAGUAAUAGAGUGUCACAGAGCAGGACUGAAAAACUCAGCCUUCAGUUUUGCUGCCAUGUUGAUGAGACCUGAGUAUCGUAACAAAAUAGAUCUUAAAUAUAAAAAGAAAAUUGAAGCAAUGGUCAGGCGUCCAGACACCUCAGAGGUGGAAGAGCCAACAACAUCCUGUCCCUAUUGUGCCUUCCUGCUCCCCGAGUGUGAACUCUUGUGUCCCGGCUGCAAGAACAGUCUCCCUUACUGCAUUGCAACGGGUCGGCACAUGGUACGAGACGACUGGACAGCCUGCCCCCACUGCGACUUUCCCGCCCUCUAUUCAGAAUUCAAAGCCAUGUUGCAGAGUGAAAACAUAUGUCCAAUGUGUUCUGAAAGGAUUGAUGUUGUGAAUCUUAAGAAAAUAAGCGACUGCACACAAUACCUCAAACCAGAAGUGGACCAGUAAAUUCAGGUAUGGGCUACAGCUUCUUACAGCACAGGGCACAUUCUGGAAGAUAUUUGA